UACGAGUGUAAAUAGAGGUCGUCGAUUCAACAACACAACGGACUCUUCUUUUUCAAAAUCAGAGAGAGAGAGAGAGAGAGAGAGAUAGAUAGAGAGAGAGAACAAUCUAAAUUCUUCAUCUCCUUCGUUUUCGAUUUUCGAAAUCUCUCUCACUAGUUCGAUCUUACGAAGGUAUCCAUGGAGGUCAAGGAAGAGAAACUGAUGGAGGAGGAGCAACGAGUGCCGGAGAAGACGAUUCCGGUGUUCACUGUUCUUAAAAACGGCGCGAUUCUCAAAAACAUCUUCGUUGUGAACAGUCGCGAUUUCUCGUCGCCGGAGAGAAACGGUUCCAUGGUUAGCGGCGAUGACGACGAGGUAGAGGAGACUCUCGUCGUCGGUCGUCAUCCAGAUUGCGAUAUUCUCCUAACGCACCCUAGCAUUAGCAGAUUCCACUUAGAAAUCCGCUCGAUCUCAUCUCGUCAGAGACUCUUCCUCACGGAUCUAUCCUCUGUGCAUGGGACAUGGGUUAGGGAUCUGAGAGUUGAGCCACAUGCUUGUGUCGAGGUUGAAGAAGGUGAUACGAUUAGGAUUGGUGGUUCAACUAGGAUCUAUAGGCUUCACUGGAUUCCGUUGAGCCGUGCGUAUGAUUUUGAUAAUCCGUUUGUUUCACCACUUGAUGCGUCUAUGGUGAUGGAGCAAGAAGAAGAGAAUAGAAUGAUUGAAGCAGAGAAUCUAGAGGUUGCACAACAUCAGUCACUAGUGAAUAAUGGAUUAAAUGAUGAUGGAGAUCUGCAUCUGGAUGUGACGUCAGAAGGAACUGGAUCAUCAGUCCCUAGUGAGGAUGAGGAUACAUAUGUUACGACAAGGGAGAUGUCGUUGCCACUUGCGUCUCCAAGUGUUUUGACACUAUCUGGAGAUUCUGUCAAGUCACAAAAACUUCAAUUAAAUGAAGAUUUGCAGACUUCAACAAAGUGGAACUUAGGUGUUGUAGAAGCCGCGGCAGAUAAGCCAAGUAGCAGCUCCUCCCCAAGUAAGCAGCAGAGUGGUGGCUACCUGGAGGGAUUAGGUUUUUCUGACCUUCUUGUCGCUGCAGAGGCUGAUAAAUGCAAUGUCAGAGAACAUGGAGGUUUGCAUCUGAAUGUGAUGUCAGAGAGGAUGGAACCAUCAGUGCCUAAUGAGGAGGAGGAUCCAUUUCUAGCUGCAAAGGAGACUUUAUCGCUACAACUCCCAAUAGAUUCCAUUAAUUCAGAGAUACAAUGGCUCACGGAAGAUGUUCAGGCGUCACCAGAGUUGUCCAUAAGUAGUGUAGAAGUCAACGCAGAAAUUCCAAGUAGUGGCUGCUCCCCAAGUAAGGGAAAGAUUGAUGACUGCUUUGAAGUUUCUAGUUGUUCUGCACCUGAGUUGACUAUAAAGGUUGAGAUUCUGAGCCUUCAUCCAGAAGUCAGUGAAGAAACUGAGUUAGUCACAAAGGAGGUUAUGGAAGCAUCUGCUAAACCACUAAGUAAGACUGAUAAUAUGAGUCACGAAGAAAAUAGAGAAACUGAGGUCUCAAGGCAAGUUAUUGCAGUAUCUCCCAAUUCCUUCUCUCAAGCUGGGCCACCUUUAGAAAUUUUAACUGAAGCGCAAGGCCUCGUUGGUUCUGAAUUCAUGGGUGAAGUUUCAGUAGAGACUGAAAUUGAGAACCCACUACAUCAAAAGAGCAUUGGAGAAACAAAGGCUGAAAUUUGGAGUCACGGAGCCUAUGAUGAAACUGAGGUCUCAACGCAAGGUAUUACAGUAGCUCCCAGUUCCUUCUCUCAAGCUGAGCCAACUUUGGAAAUUUUAACUGAUGAUGCUCCAGGCCUCCUAGGUUCUGAAGUCCUAAGUGAAGUGGCAGUAGACACUGAAAUUGAGAACCUACUACAUCAAAAAAGCAAUGGAGAAACAAAGGCUGAUAUUCAGAGUCACAAAGACAAUGGAGAAAGUGAGGUCUCAAGGCAAGUUAUUGCAGUAUCUACCAAAUCCUUCUCUCAAGCUGAGCCAACUUUAGAAAUUUUAACUGGGCCACCUUUAGAAAUUUUAACUGAAGCGCAAGGCCUCGUUGGUUCUGAAUUCAUGGGUGAAGUUUCAGUAGAGACUGAAAUUGAGAACCCACUACAUCAAAAGAGCAUUGGAGAAACAAAGGCUGAAAUUUGGAGUCACGGAGCCUAUGAUGAAACUGAGGUCUCAACGCAAGGUAUUACAGUAGCUCCCAGUUCCUUCUCUCAAGCUGAGCCAACUUUGGAAAUUUUAACUGAUGAUGCUCCAGGCCUCCUAGGUUCUGAAGUCCUAAGUGAAGUGGCAGUAGACACUGAAAUUGAGAACCUACUACAUCAAAAAAGCAAUGGAGAAACAAAGGCUGAUAUUCAGAGUCACAAAGACAAUGGAGAAAGUGAGGUCUCAAGGCAAGUUAUUGCAGUAUCUACCAAAUCCUUCUCUCAAGCUGAGCCAACUUUAGAAAUUUUAAGUGAAGAAGCUCGAGGCCUUGAAGUCCAGAGUGAAGUAGCCAUAGAGACUGAAACGGAGAACGUACUACAUCAGACAAGCAAUGGAGAAGCCAAGGUUGGUUCAAGACAAGUCAGUGCAGUAUCAGAUUUUUCCGCUGGAGACGAAUGUCUUUCAAGAAUCAAUACCGAAGAUAUCCAAAGUCUAUGCUCGAGUUGGCAGCCAAUGCCUGAGAGUGAAGUUGAGAUCUGGAGUGAUGCCAAUUCUGCAGGACAUCAGAAUAAAAAAUCAGGAAUGACCAGAGAGACUGAACAGAUAUUUGAUGAAGGGAGCAGCUCGUGUCUUUCUGAGGUCCAACGAAGUAAUACGCAAAUUUUCUUGUCAACACCAAAUCAGAAAUACAAACCAGAAUUGUCAAUUGGCUCUGGGAGAUCUGAAAAAUAUUACAGCCUAAGCGAAAUAAAGGGUGAAGAAAGUACUGAUAAAUGGUGUCCAAUUCUCUCAACCUUGGCGGCAGAAACCUUUGGGGAUACAAAACCGAUUAAAGAACUGCCUUCUGAUGAUACUGGAAGUCAAGAAAACCAGACCCCGCAAACAUAUACUGUUAGAGAUGAUGUACUGUCUGAGAUGGAUAGCUCAAGCACAUGCAACAUUUGGUCUAGGAGAGGAAAAGCUGCUUCCGUUCUUCAGAUCCGGACCAACAAGAGUGAAGGAAAGCAAACUGGGAGACAACCAAAAGACAAGUUGCAUAGAAGACAGGCUCUAAGUGACAAGUCUAUUUCUCUGACUGGUCAUCAUGGUGGAGAGAAUCUGGAACCAGAGAUCUUUACUCCUGACAAGGAGAAUCUCACCCCAAGUUCUCAUAUGUUGAAAAGAUUACAAGAUAUUGGUGACGUGAAAGAUAGCAAGAGCUCUUCAAAGCUUUCAGGAAGAUCAUGCUCGUCACUGGUUCAUUCAAAUAUCGCUAUUGUUGCUUCAGAGGCAUUCGCAGAACCAGAAAUCUUUACCCCAGAUAAGGAGAAUCUUACCCCAAACUCUCAUAUGCUAAAACGUUUGCGAGAAUUUGGUGAUAUUAAGGGUACAAAAGAAGGCUCCUCCUCUAAAGCCACACGUAAACCAUUCUUUGAUCAUUUGGAAGCAAAUGUGAUGGCAGAACAGAAACCAGAAGAUCUACAGAGCAUGAGCAGCAAAUCGAAGGUGAAGCAUGAGCCUGUGGCACUGAAGAAGAAAGCUGAACGGGUGCCUUUUCAACCUCUACUUGACAAAUCUUCUUCCCAAAGUCAGUCAUACACUGAGGCUUCUACUGCAUCAGCGAGGCACAACAACUCUAGAGGCAUUCGUUCUUCUUCUGUCCUUUCUGAUGGAAAGAGCAAGAUGAAGUGGACCAUUGUGCUGGACACUUCUUCACUCUUGGAUAAGGAGUCUAGGAAGCCACUGCACCUACUACAAGGUCUCAAGGGGACACAUCUGGUCGUACCAAGAACAGUGUUAAGGGAACUAGAUGAGGUGAAGGGCAGUCGCAGUCUACUCUUCAGAAGAAGAACAGAGAUGGCUUCUUCAGCUCUGGAUUGGAUCGAAGAGUGUGAGGUUAAUUCAAAAUGGUGGAUUCAAGUCCAGAGCCCAUCAGAGGAAACCAAAGCAACUGCACCGACCCCACCAGUCACUCCUCAGUCAAAUGGCUCGUUGGCAUUCCCGUUUUCACUUCACUGGAACACUUAUGCACCAGAGAUCGAUUCUCCUACAUCAGAAGAUCAGGUCCUAGAAUGUGCUCUUCUUUAUAGAUACCGUGACCGUGACGAAAAACUAGUUCUUCUUAGCAACGAUGCAACUCUCAAGAUCAAAGCCAUGGCAGAGGGUGUGAUAUGUGAGACGCCACAUGAGUUCUACGAGAGUCUGGUGAAUCCUUUCUCAGAGAGGUUUAUGUGGACAGAGAGCACGCCGAGAGGACGGACUUGGAGUCAUCUAGACGACGACGUGUUGAGAGAAAGGUACAACAACCGAGCUUGUAGAAGUAAGUCAACAUACAAUGGAGGAGGAAGAGGAGAGAGUGGUGCAGCAGCUAAAGGCUUGAAGCUCAUAUUGCUCCAUAACUCUCACUACGGCCACACUCACUGAUGACGCUUCAUCAUCAUCAUCAUCCAUCACUAUGGCGACAGUGAAUGAUGAUGCAUCAUCUAUCAUGUUCCUUCUGUCCAACUAAGCCAAAUAAUUCUACUCGCUUACUCAUGGUAAACAUAUGGAAUAGUGUUUUUAGAAUGAAUGACAUUUCUAUAAUGUGGCUACUAUUAUUAUGACUUUUCUAAUUUUUUUAAUUGUG